AUUUAUUUAUUUGGCUUGGGGUGAGAGAGGGUGGGCGUCAAGACCACCCAGCCACAACUGUUCAAUGAUAUGAAUGCCGAGGCAAGCGAGCGAAAAUUGCUUUCUUAGACGGACUGAUGAGCAUACCAUGGCCUAAUUUAUCAGGCGAUUAUGAACGUCUGGACGAUCCAUUGAAUACAAAUUCUCCAUUAAUCACAAAGCAUCCUGCUCACACAGGUAGUGUCUGGCAAGAGAGAUAUGUCCCCUGUCUAUUUCAGUGCGAGGAAACGAUUCUGCUUCGGCAACUCGGCUUGUUUGGGUCACACACACACACACACACACACACACACACACACACACACACACACACACACACACAGACGACAACUACCAUUUCCCAGUAGCUGUCCUUGUCACUGCAGAAUUGACUCGUUCCUAUGUACGGCCCGCAUCUGCCGUUGUUCCCAUUUACAAAUUAGAGAGUGUGUGACACGCACACGCCAUAUGCUUGGCUCACAAGAGUCGGAAUAUGUCACUCCCCCCCCCCCCACACAGUCCUCCACGGACGCGCACACCAACCCUCCCCCCUUCUAUCUCUCUCUCCGUGGCCUUCCGAGGGAAGGCUCGCAGUUUGCUCCAAGUCUCCAAUCUCCAAGUCUCCAACUGCACGUAAUCGACCCCAAGACGAUCACCGAGGCGCUAACCCCCUCACACCCUUGACUAGUGACGUACACACAAUCUCAAUCUAUCCAAGCACGCGGGGGACAGUAUCGAUACGCGAGUCAGUCGAGGCAGCCGAUCCGGCUCAGUAGACACGACAAUCCUACGC